CACAGACCAUAAGUAACUGCUUGGGUCCCAUUUUUAGGGUUCUUUAUCUAAACACUGUUUUUAUCUGUGUUUCCUUUUGCUUUGUAAACUAGUCCUGCACCAAAGUUGUUUUUGUUUUUCCACAGUCUGUGCUGCGUGGAAGGACUAUCAAAGACAUGCAACCAAGUUCUCAUAGAAAGUCAGAGUUGGACUCUGCAACAGUUCCAGCUCUGGAGGAAACUCGAUGUGAAAAACCAUUUUCACACCAAACCGGAUCUAAUAUUAUGUCUUUUCUCAAGAGAAAUGCUUUUGUUCUUCUCACAGUUGCAGCUGUUGCAUUAGGAAUUGUCCUGGGAUUUUUUCUACGACGCAACAAAAUGUCACCCAGAGAGAUAAAAUAUUUAAGUUUUCCUGGAGAGCUGCUGAUGAGAGUCCUGCAGAUGGUGGUGCUUCCUCUCAUCAUCUCCAGUCUGAUCUCAGGAAUGUCAUCAGUGAACAGGAAGUCCUACGGGAGAAUCGGACUCCGGGCCUUUGGCUACUACCUGCUCACCACACUGUUAGCUGCGUUCACUGGCAUUGUUUUAGCUGUCACCAUCCAGCCAGGACACUCAUCCAGAAGCAUCCCAGUCACCGCUGCUGUUAAAGUGGAAGUUGUCGAGGGUCCAGAUGCAUUUUUAGAUCUAGUCAGAAACAUGUUCCCCUCAAAUCUGGUUGAAGCUUGUUUCAAAAAGGUAAGAUUGUGCAUAAUCUAUGAUUUUGUCUUCAUAUUCAUGCGAUACAUGCUCACCAACUCUCAUGAUUUCCUUAUCAUCCAGUUUAAAACAGUCUAUUCCAGAGGUGCACCUGCAGGGAUCAAUGAAGCCAGUGCAACGAAUGAUACAGUGGCAAUGCCAGGUUCAUCCGAUGGGGUCAACACUUUGGGUCUGUUGGUCUUUUCCGUUGCCUUUGGUUACAUUCUGGGCAGCAUGGAGGCGGAAGGAAAACCUGUGAGGGAUUUCUUUGACUGCCUGAAUAAAGCUGUUAUGAAUCUGGUCAACAUAGUCAUCUGGUACACACCUGUGGGGAUGUUCUUCCUCGUGGUAGGACAGGUAGUGGAGAUGACAGAUGUUGGUGAAAUGGGCCGUGAAGUCGCGAUAUACAGUCUGACUGUGAUCGCUGGCCUGCUGAUUCACUGCUUCUUCACUCUGCCCCUCAUCUACUUUGCUGUUACGCGGAGGAAUCCCUUCAGAUUCAUGGGUGGUGUCUUACAGGCUCUCGCCACUGCGUUUGGGACUUCAUCGAGUUCUGCAACCUUGCCAGUAACCCUCAAAUGUAUGGAGGUAAAUCACAACAUGGACAAGCAAGUGACACGCUUCAUGCUGCCCACAGGUGCCACAAUGAACAUGGAUGGUGGCGCACUCUAUGAAGCAGUAGCAGCUUUAUUUGUAGCCCAGACUCAUGACAUGGACUUUAGUUUGGGUCAAAUCAUUGUCCUCAGCUUGAUUGUCACAGUAGUAAGCACAGGUGGAGCAGGCAUCCCUCAGGCUGGAAUCGUGUCCCUGCUAAUUGUCUUGUCAUCAGUUGGACUCCCCACUGAAGACAUAUCCAUUCUUUUGAUUGUGGACUGGAUGCUGGAUCGUUUGAGGACUGCCACUAAUGUCCUUGGUGACUGCAUCGGUGUGGGUGUAGUACAGCAUCUGUCCAGACAUGAUCUCCAGAGCUCCAGACCUGCAGAGGAAGACCUCCACCUGCAGGUGUCAUGAAGCUGCUGAUGGAAACAUUUGAUAGGUUGUUGUAAAAACGACUUGUUUUUCAUCGUGUUUGAGGUGAAUUUUAAUGGUUUAAAGACAAACCUUCUCAGGAAUAUGAUAUCACUGUUGUAAAGACAAAUGUCUUCCUCUCUGAAGUACCUGAGUGGAUCAAGAUCUACAGAUGAGCGGUCAGAGAUUUAUUUUGAGUUGCCAAAUAUUUUCUUUCCAGCCUUUUACUCAAAAUAGAAAUGAAAUUAUAUCUUCUUAGAAAUGUCUGGUUCAGCCAUUCAAAAUAACAUAGAUGUCAUAGAACUGGGUGUGUUUUCAUAGGGAACACUCUAUCGCCCUCUGGUGGCAGAGAAUCAAACUACAAACUAAAUACUCAAUAAUCCUGCCUUUUAGUGCACCUGGAUCUGAAACACUGGUGUGUUUAAUAAAAGAAAACAGAUUGUUAUAUAUAAGAGCAUUUCACCUUGAUGAUCUUCACAUACUCUGGUACUCCAACAACAUUAGACUGUAUGAAACAUGCAGUUGUUACAGAUGUAAAGAGCACUCCCUGUACAGAGCCAUUUCAAUAUGGAAUACUUACUAACAUCACAAUACUAACAUCCACAAAUAUUAAAAUCAAGGUGCAUUGUUUAAAAUGUAGAAAAAAUGUAUGAAAGCUGCAUAUCCUUCAGCUCACCCUGUGUGUUAGCAGCAAAUCUUAUCUUUGUAUCUUGUCUUUGUCUUCAAAUGAAGCUGUAGUUUACACGCUGGACCUUUUAGAAACAUCUAAUGAGCCCUUGUAACAUGUACUAGUGUCAAUGUAUUAUUUGUUUGUAUUAUGUGAUAAUAUUUUUUCUACGUCAAAUGUGACUCUCAGGAGGAGUAGCUGUUCUGUAAUGUAAUGACUCAUGGAGACAAUGAAUAAUAAAACGGACUAAACUGCA